GACUCGCAGUUUCCAGUGCAGGGCUUUGCGGAAGGGAAAAGCGCGCGCGGGGCUUUGCCGGCCUUCUUCCUUCCUUCCUUCCCUCGGCUAGCUGGCUGACUGAGGGGCGGGAAGAUGGCGCUGGAGGCCCGCGGGAUGGAACAGGACGUGGAGGACGGGGAGAUUUCCGACUCGGACUCCGAGAUGCCGGUCUCGGCGGCCGCCCGGAGCCCCCAGCAGAAACAACAUGAUAGCAACAGUUCAGCCAGAUCUUUCCCAAGUACCAUUUUACCCUGUGCACCAAAUGUCCCUUAUCGGACAACCCAAAGUGUGGACUCGAGUGAUGAGAGCUUCUCCGAUUCAGAUGAAGACAGUUGUCUUUGGAAACGAAAGCGACAGAAGUGUUCUAACCUUCCUCCCCUUAAACCAGAUCCUUUCCUGAUUGGUUCAAACCCACAAAAGCAGGGGAAUCUUGGUGGUAAAAAGAUUAAUAAUAUCUGGGGUGAAGUGCUUCAGGAACAGAAUCAAGACGCAGUGGCCUCUGAACUUGGAAUUCUAGGGAUGGAAGGAACUAUUGACAGAAGCCGGGCUUCAGAGGCUUACAACUAUCUUUUGGCAAAAAAGCUCAUGAGAGAAUCUGAGUCAGAAGUGGCAAAGACAUUAGAAAAAGACUUGGAUGAAUAUAUGCAGGAUGACAAAAAGACAUUAUCAAAAGAGGAUGAUGAGGAGGAAGAGACAAAUGGACAAGGUCUCUUAAAACGGAAAAGACCAGUUAAGGAAAGACUAGGUGAAAGACAAGAAAUGAAUUAUAAAGGGAGAUAUGAAAUUACUGAAGAUGAUCCUGAGGAAAAGGUGGCAGAUGAAAUUGCCUACCGACUUUGUGAACCGAAGAAGGAUUUGAUUGUGCGGGUAGUGAAAAUCAUUGGAAAAAAGAAAUCUAUUGAACUACUGAUGGAAACUGCUGAAGUAGAACAAAAUGGAGGACUUUACAUUGUGAAUGGUACUAGGAGGAGAACACCAGGAGGAGUUUAUUUAAACUUGCUGAAAAACACACCCAGCAUAACAGGAGAUCAAAUUAAGGAAAUCUUCUAUGUUGAAAACCAAAAGGAGUAUGAGAACAAAAAAGCUGCAAAGAAGAGGCGGAUUCAAGUCUUGGGGAAAAAGAUGAAGAAAGCUAUUAAGGGACUCAACCUCCAAGAAUACGACGAUGCUUCUCGAGAGACUUUUGCUAGCGAUACCAAUGAAGCCCUGGCUUCUCUAGAUGACUUGCAGGAAGGACACAGUGAGAUGAAAUUGGAUCCAGAGGAUGCUAUUGAGAUAGAUAACACUCAUGAUUUAGAUAUCUUUUAAUGUACUGGGUACUUGAAAUACUUUAAUUUUGUGACAUAUUAAAUUGCAGUUUUUACAUUUUG